GGCCCCUGCCCGGGCUCCGGUUCCCGGCUCCGGCUCCGGCGGCGGCGGCGGCUCGGGGGGGUGGCGGCCCAUGGCGGGGCGCUGAGCCCCCAGCACAGCCGGGGCCGCGAUGCGCUGGGGGGGCCUCAUCCUGCUCUGCUUGCUGCCGGGCCCGCGGGGCGCAGGACGGCCCCCCGGGAGCCCCGCGGCGGGCGAAGGGCGGCUCGGAGCUGGGGAGCCCUCGGCGGGGCCGGAGGGGACCCACAUCAGCCAGGACCUGGUGGGGCGCAGCCUGGCCAUCGACACGCUGCCGGCCAACGAGACGCGGAUCGUGGAGGACAACCACAGCUACUACGUGUCCCGCACCUACGGCCCGGGGGAUGCGCGCCUGCGGGGGCUGUGGGUGGACAUGGCAGCGGCCAACAGGAGCCACGUGAAGAUCCACGGGAUCCUCUCCAACACGCACAGGCAGGCCUCGCGAAUCGUCCUCUCCUUUGACUUCCCCUUCUACGGCCACCUCCUGCGGCAGGUGACGAUCGCCACGGGAGGGUUUAUCUUCAUGGGGGACGUCAUCCACCGCAUGCUCACGGCCACGCAGUACGUGGCGCCCCUCAUGGCCAACUUCAACCCCAGCUACUCCCGCAACUCCACCGUCCAGUACCUGGACAACGGGACGGUGUUUGUGGUGCAGUGGGACAAGGUGUACCUGCAGGGCAAGGAGGACAUGGGCAGCUUCACCUUCCAGGCCGCCCUGCACAGCACCGGGAGGAUCGUCUUCGGGUACAAGGAGAUCCCGGUGCCCGUCCUGCAGAUCAGUGCCACGCAGCACCCCGUGAAAGCCGGCCUCUCUGACGCCUUCAUGAUCCUCAACCCAUCUCCCGAGGUGCCCGAGUCCCGCCGCCGGACCAUCUACGAGUACCACCGCGUGGAGCUGGACACCAGCAGGAUCACCAGCAUGUCGGCCGUGGAGUUCACCCCGCUGCCCACUUGUCUCCAGCAUCAGAGCUGUGAAAUGUGCGUGACCUCGGAGCUGACCUUCAACUGCAGCUGGUGCCACGUUCUGCAGAGGUGUUCCAGCGGGUUCGACCGAUACCGCGAGGAGUGGCUGUCCUACGGCUGCGGCCAGCAGUCCGAUGAGAAGAGCUGCGAGGAUUUGGCAGAGGAUGACCACUACUCGGCCCCCCCCAGCAGCUCGCUCUCGCCGCUGGAGGAGAACGUCGCUGCCUCCACCUCCUCGCUCUUCAUUGACGGCCUCACUACGGAAGAUGACACAAAGCUCAAUCAGUAUGCAGGGAGCGAAGGUGUGGGAAGCAGCCUCCCGUCCAAGAACGCAGGCGCCCCGGUUCACACCGGUACGAUCGUGGGGAUCGUCCUGGCCGUGUUGCUCAUCGCAGCCAUUAUCCUCGCUGGGAUUUACAUCAACAGCCACCCCACCUCGAACGCUGCACUGUUCUUCAUUGAGCGGCGGCCGCACCGCUGGCCGGCCAUGAAGUUCCGCAACCACAGCAGCCAUGCGACGUACGCCGAGGUGGAGGCAGCUGGCCACGAGAAGGAGGGCUUCGUGGAGGCAGAGCAGUGCUGAGCGCUGCUUCCCCCGUGCCUCUGACCGCCCCGUCCCACGCCUUGGGGUCCUCUGUUACUGCAAAGUCUUUCCCCUCCUGGAAAAGAAAGAGCAAAGUAGAGGAAAGCGGCCGAGUGGAGCAUGAAAGGAAGGAGCCGGGGUGAUGUAAGGAUGGGACCUGCUGAGAUUCCUCACAGGACAGCAGAACCCGAAGUGGUGGCAGUGGCGGGACGCUGGGCUCUGCCUGAAGCCCGGCUCCGAAGCCCUUCACGUGUCAGUAGAAAAGACUGUGGCCCAAUUUUUAGCUUGGCUCUGGUUUUUGUGUCCUGGUUGGGUUUUCCCCGCCUAUGUGGGGCUGACCUCUCUGCUCCUCCACCAGGACUCUUGAUGUGGGCCACAUCUCGGCAGAGCCCCCAGUUUUUCCCCGGGGCCGUGUGCUGCCCCCCGGGUCUGCUGGGACGCGGCGAGGUGAGGCUGGGACGGCAACGGUGGUGGCUGCAGGGCUGUAAAGCUGGCUCGCCAGGGCUCACCUCUGUCCCAUCCCCUCUCCCCCAGCUCCGUCCCUUUCUCCUUUGCCUUCUUUUUUUUUGGGGGGUCAGGCAGCGAUUAAUUUCGUCUUCAGGGCUGAGAAGCCUCCUGGCUUCAUCUUCAUCCCGCAGUCGGUCUGCACCUCCAUGGCUUCCAUUCCCUGCCCUCCUCUCCCGUCCCAGUAACAGCUGCUUCCCCCUGCUCCAGCAGAAUGGGAAACCCGAUGUAUUUUAAAAGCAAAAACCCCACUGAGGAUUCACCUUCAGGAUGUUCAUGAGCCAGUGGCUCUGAUGCACUUUCUCGCAUCCGUUUCCUCAAUUACUAACUAAAAACUUUACCCUAAAGGACUCAGAGAGUGAAAAAAAUAUCUUAGAUUUCUUCAAGACAUAUCUUCAUAGCACAGCUGCUAAUCCAGCAGGAGUGGGGUAGGUUUUAAAGGCAGAGGAUGGGGACAGAGCCCGAGCAAAAGCUGUGUGCUCCCAUGGGCUACAUCCUGAGGUAAACCCUCCUUCAUGGGAGCGUCCCAUAAAUAAAACACAAAGGCCUUACAUGCCUUGAUACAUAGAAAAUCUGGAAAAUGCCUUGUUAGCAUCAUAGUAUUCAGAGCCUUGAGUCAGUGGAUUUUUUAUUUUUAUUUCUUAUUGUGUCUGUGAUAGGCCCUGGUCUGCAUUGGUACCGAUACUGUGAUUCCAGAAUCUGACCCUACCUAAGGGCUUCAACACCAGACCUCUCAGGGUUGUUCUGCUCCUUCUGUGCAAUCAAAUCCCAGACUAAUCUGCAGAAAUGCUUAUCCCACUUCCACAGCCACCAGCCAUAGCAGGAUUCGUCCCUAAACUGAGGAAAGGUGGUAUGAAAAAGACAGAGUCCAAAGUCCAGUGUCAGGUAAAGUUUUAUUUCCCCCACCAAAAAAAAAAAGGUGUUGGUUUUAUGGACUUUUUUUUUUCCCCUCCCCUCUCGGUCCUCAGUUAUUUAUUCUGAUAUCAUCUUUGGUGCAUAUUUUAUCCACUGGCUGGUUCAGCUGUCACUGGUGGUGAUUACUGCCAAAGGCAUGGUCUGUCUAAUUAAUGUCUUCCUUCUCAUCUGCUGAAUUUAUAUAGCCAUUAAAGAUAAAUAUGGAUGCUUUGUGGCAUUUA